AUGGCGCGCGUGACGGUCGAAGAUUGCGUUGGCAUGGUGCCCAACCGGUUCGAGCUCGUGCUGCUCGCGGCGCAGCGCGCCCGCGACAUCCGCUCGGGCGCCGAGCUCACGGUUGAGCGGGAUAACGACAAGAACGCCGUCGUCGCGCUCCGCGAAAUCGCGGAGGAGGCGAUCGAUCUCGAAACGCUCCGUUACGAGCUCGAGCAUGGGCGGGAAGUCGAUACCGAGAUCGACGAGCCGGACGAAGACACCAUGGCGGUGCUGGCGGCCGAGGCUGCCUGGGCCGGCGUGACCGCCCAGACGACGACCAGUGAGGAGGCAGGCGCGCACGACGGCGAGGCCAACCCAUCCGGACCGCCGGAGACCGAGGCGAAAGCCAAGGAGUAG